UUUUUGGAAGAUGAAGAAUGUUGGGCAAACUAUACCAGGCAAGUUGCAGGCGUUCCGCUGCCCAGCGGCGGGGUGUAUGGCCACCUACAGAAAGGAGGGGAAGCUCCGGGACCAUAUGGCUGGGCACAGUGGACAGAAGCCAUGGAAAUGUAGCAAAAAAGACUGCGGCAAAGUGUUUGCCCGAAAAAGGCAAAUCCAGAAGCACAUAAAGUGCCAUCUGAUACUGAAGAAAUACAGCUGUUCCGCUGCUGGCUGCAAGAUGGCGUUCAACAUCAAGAAAAGCCUGAAGAGCCACACUCUGUAUAAACACGGGGAUGCCCUGCCCCUUAAGUGCUCGGUGUCGGGGUGCAAAAGAAGCUUCCGGAAGAAAAGUGCGCUGAGAAUCCACCUGUCGGAGCACAGUAAGGAGUCGCUGUCUGUCUGUGACCUCCCUGGGUGUGGAUGGAAGUCGACGUCUGCGACCGAGCUCAAAGCCCACCAGAGGCGACAUGGCGGGUACCGUUGUUCUCACGAAGGCUGCCAAACCAUUUCCCCGACUUGGACUGCCCUCCAGACGCACCUUGAGAAGCACCCAUUGGAGCUCCAGUGUGCCACAUGUAAGAAGCCAUUCAAGAAGGCCAGUGCCUUGCGUAGGCACAAAGCCACCCAUGAUAAGAAGCCACUCAAGCUACCGUGUCCACGGCAGGACUGUGAUAAAACCUUCAAUACGGUGUUCAAUCUGACGCACCACGUGCGCAAGGUCCAUCUGUGCCUACAGACCCACCGGUGCUACCAUGCUGGGUGCAACCGCAGCUUUGCCAUGAGGGAGAGCCUGCUUCGCCAUCUUGUGGUUCAUGAUCCUGAAAGGAAGAAGUUAAAGUUGAAACUUGGACGUCGCCCCCCAAAAUUCCGUGGGCGGGGAGCCCGUUGCCCUACGCCUGUAGUAGAAGAGGAUUUGACCAACCUCUUUAGCCAGAAACUUCUCUUCCAUUACAAGACCCGCCUGGAGACCAACCUGUCUGGUCUGUUUAAUGAGCGCCAACUCCGGGAGCCCGCGGAACCAGAGGUCAACCUUAGCGGCCUGUUCCAGCUGCCCCAGGGCCGUGCCAGAGCUGAAAAAGCAGCCUAAGCCUCCAGCCAUAGAAUACUGAGGCACAAGCACUUUUAGACCGCUGAAGGCUUAACCAAAAAGUUAUUGGUUACAUUUAAGCUUAAAUGUUUUUGUUUUUUAAAAAGGGGCCUUACUUUUAUUUAUAGCAGUAGAGCUAAUUUGGCAAAGAUGUGCAAUGUUUUUGCUCUGGGAGCUCAGCCCGGUGCAAUCGCUGAAUAAAGUGGAAUAUGAUGCCCCUGUUUUACAAGCUGUAAAUCCUGAUUUCAGAAAUAAAUUAAAAAGCAUCA